UGCACGUGAGGGAAGCACGAAAAAUUCUCAAAUUCUUUACAAUUAGAAAGUAAAUUCAGUGUAACAAGUAGAUAUUUUUAUACAAAAAGUGCCGUUUUCAUAAAGUAAUUUUGAAGGUAGUUGUAUUCUUAGAGUGUUGGACUAAACAGUUGGUACCAACCGUACCGUCAAAAGCGACAGUUCGAAAACGAGUAAAUAACAAAGCAAACGGAAACCAAAUUCAUUGCAUGGCAGCCAUAAUCCUUUCUUAAUAAAUUAAACAUGUACAAUCAAUACGACGAUGAAGCCCCAAUACCGUUAAUCGCAAACUAUACAGUAGUCAAAGAAGAUGACCAAGAAACAGAAGAGAAAAGAGAAGAAGACAGAGUAAUUCUAGAAAUUGGCAGGCAAGACGAUAAGCCUAAGGAAGAACACACCUUCUCCCACAAGAAGUAUGAUAAGACCAUAUCGCAUCACAGGACUUAUGUGCUAGAAGAUUACUCUGAACCGAGAAGAGUCAAUUACUUCAGGCCGCAUGAAUUGGAUACUCCUGCGUCGGAAGGUGGCAGGUUCUACGAUCAAGAGUACAGAGAGACCCCGGCGCGGGUGCUCGAGGGUACCAACUCCGAGUCCUCGCUGGAGUACCAUGAUCACCAGGAACACAAAGGCAGUGACGACCAGGAUGCCCUCGGCUGGAAGGAACGAGCUAUGCAGUUGGAAAAAGAGUACAAGAAGACAGCAUGUGACCGCGAGCGCACACGCAUGCGCGAUAUGAACCGCGCUUUCGACCUGCUCCGCUCGAAGCUGCCCGUCACCAAGCCCUCCAAGAAGAAAUACUCCAAGAUAGAGUGCCUCAGGAUAGCAAUAUGUUACAUCAGACACUUGGAGUACAUGCUAGCGGGAGGCGCUCCGGACGACAACCCGGCCGUCUUCGAACUUCACGCCUCCGACAUGCGGAGGAGGCAGCACAGAUAUUCACAGUAACAUAUCGAACUAAACAUUUGAAACUUACACGGUACAUAGGUACAAGUGUCUUGUGAACUUUGUGAAGAAGUAGGUAGGUACGUUGAGUAUUACUAAGUUGCCUGAAAGAAAUUGCUAUUUAGUAAUAAGGCCGCCUAUUGUACUCUUUCCAUUUGUCUUUUGUUUUGUAUUUCUCUAUUUCCAGUGUGUACAAUAAAGUAUUUGUUAUGUUAUUCUUACGAGUACGGUCCCGAGUACUAAUAUGUAUAGUAUACACUUAGACACCAUGUCCCAUUAAUUUUUUUGACAAAUUAAACCAUAAGUCUCGUUAGAUGUCAAAUAUGAUAAUGCGACAGGGUUCUAAAGUGGGUACAUGAUAUUGCUCGUGACUGUACAUGCUCGUGUAAUUUGAAUGCAAUUUUGAUUCAUAAGAAAUAAGCGGCCAUAUUGUGCAAUAGUAGUGUCUGCAAGGAUAAGGAAUAUUUCCAAAAGAAGACAGAUAAAAAAAUAUUAAAAAUAAAUAAAAUAAAAAUAAAAAUCAUUUAUUUUUACAUAGGUUUUGCGCCUCUACUACCGGGAAGGUUAUCCUGUGUUUCAAAAUGGGUACUUUCCUGGAAAUGGGAAAUCAGAAUCAUUUAUUCAACACAAUUAUCAUGGAUAAACUUGUUGAAGGUCAAUGUAACAUUUUUGAAUUUACGUCAUUUCGCAAGGUGUUAUGGCUGAUGAGAAGAAAUGACAAGAAACUGCAACAGCAACACAUCUUUUAAAUCAAUGAGGGUACAUUACAAGUUAUUGGGACAUCAGUGUUCAUGAUGAUGUAAUUGGGAACUUAUUCAGAAAGAAAUAAAACAGUA